UCUCUCUCUCUCUCUCUCUCUCUCUCUCUCUUACUCUCCAAUGGCCAGCAAACUCUAUGCACUGGCCUUUACAAUUGUCUCACUUUUCCUCUAUUUCACUUCUGAAGUUCAACAACUCUUGUUAAAUACCUCCAACAACUCCAUACCUUCUUCAUCAUCAUCAUCUUCUUCUUCUUCUUCUUCUUCUUCUUCUGUUGCUCCAACAACUAGUCUUCUUCUCUCCAUUUCCACCAGGAACAAAGUCUUGGGAACCAUGGAAUUUAAGAAUGCAAAAAAUAGUGAAAACAUUGUGUGGGAAAUAGUGAAGGAGGACUUCACCUUUGCUGCUGGCACUGUUCCUUUCAAUACCUGCCAUGCUUCCACCAUUGUUGAGAUUGAGAAAAAUCACUUUUUGGUGGCUUAUUUUGGGGGAUCUAUGGAAGGGGAUCCAGAUGUUAAGAUAUGGUUACAGAGGUACAAGGAUGGGAAUUGGGAUUCUCCAGUUGUUGCUGAUGAAGAAUUAGAUGUUCCAAUGUGGAAUCCUGUUCUGUUCAUGCUACCUUCAAAAGAACUUCUUUUGUUUUAUAAAAUUGGUUAUGAUGUCCAGAAAUGGAGUGGAUGUAUGAGAAGAUCAUUUGAUGGUGGAUAUACAUGGCAAGAUAGAGAACAACUUCCACCAGGAAUUCUUGGACCCAUCAAGAACAAGCCAAUUUUGCUCGAUGACGGCCGACUUUUAUGUGGAUCAUCAGUAGAGAGCUGGAAUUCAUGGGGAGCAUGGAUGGAGGUAACAUCAGACUGUGGUCAUACUUGGAAGAAAUACGGACCGAUAUAUGUAGAAAACACUAACUUAAGUGUGAUUCAACCUGUGCCGUAUCGCACUGCAAAAGGCACAUUACGUAUUUUGCUCCGAUCAGUUGAAACUAUCGGAAGUGUUUGCAUGUCUGAAUCAUUUGAUGAUGGUCUUACCUGGAGUUAUGCAAAGCCUACUGAAUUACAGAAUCCGAAUUCAGGUAUUGAUGGAGUUAAAUUAAAAGAUGGUCGGCUUUUGCUCGUUUAUAAUACGAUAUCGAGAGGUGUUUUGAAGGUGGCGAUCUCCGAAGACGAUGGUGAUUCGUGGAAGGAAGUGAUGACAUUGGAGAAAAAUUUAGAGAUGGAGUUCUCAUAUCCUGCUGUUAUACAAACAAGGGAUGAACUCAUUCAUAUUACUUAUACAUACAACAGAACUCAAAUUAAGUAUUUGGUUCUUCAACCUGGAAAGAUUGGAAGAUCAUGAUCUGUGGAAAAGUUUCAGGGGGGUGAUUAUGAGGAGAGAUCUUAUUAGUUUUCUAGUGUAUUGUUUCAGCUGCAAAAAUU